AUGGAAGAAGUGAAACGACGAGCACGAGGUGAACGUUCGUUUCAGAGGUACGGUAGUAGACGAUCUCGAGCCACAAUCAACGGUUCAUCAUCGUCAUCGUAUGCUCCGUCAAAUACUGGAGCUGUUGAGUCUCCAGAUCUCACUUCACGAUUUUUCAGGUGUCGAGAAGUAAUACUGGAAAUUGCUUAUGAUAUAGCUCGUCUGAUGGAUUCUUUAAGUGGUUUAUUUUCUCGUUUAGCUCAGUCAAGUUUAAAAACUCUCCAGCAUUGA